AUGUCACCCCCAACCCCGAUCCCAAUCCCUCUCUUCGCUCAAACCCAGCAAUCCCUCCUUCUCCGCGAACACGAAGCAGAAGUCUCCUCGUCCACACUCGCUAGCACCGCCGCCUCCGUCUCCCCCUCCACCCGCCGCACCCUCCAAGCAACCGGUUAUGCGCUGACCGGCCUGAUCCUAAAUCAAUGCCGCACCGGUCUCGGCGGACGCCUGGUUGGCGAGUUUGGCGCCGACCCUGCUGUCGCAGUGAAGUCUGAUACCCCCGGGGACGAGCCGCGACUGGCCGCGCACGGGAUCCGCGUCGGUGACAUCGUGCGGGUGAACGAGAUUGGUGGCCCCGGGAAGAAGGAGAAAGGGAGCAGUCGCGACAAAGACAAGGAGAAGAAUGAGGGGAAGGGCGGUGGUGGCGGAGGACCUGAGGGCGUGGUAACCCGGGUUGGUGAACGGGGGGUGUGGGUUGCGUUUGGACAGCAGGGGGGUGGGAAGGCGAAGGAGGACGACGAGGCUGUGGAGGAGCUUUGGGGGAAGAAAGUUUGGCUGAUGAACCAAACGAUGGAACGGAUGGCCAAGAUGACCGAAUCCGACUGGACGCAUUUCAUGCGCGUCGCCUUCGGACACACGACGCCGCUCGCGCCUCCUCCCGAGACAAACGUCGACUUCGAAGACGAAACGCUGAACGACUCACAGAAAGAGGCGAUCCGAUUUGCGCUGGCGGCACCGGACGUCGCGCUGAUCCACGGGCCACCAGGCACGGGCAAGACGCACACGCUGAUCGAGCUGAUCGUGCAGCUGGUGCGGCGCGGCCAGCGGGUGCUCGUGUGCGGGCCGUCGAACAUCUCCGUGGACAACAUUGUCGAGCGGCUGGCGCCGAAGGAGGUCUCGGUAGUGCGCAUCGGACAUCCGGCGCGGCUGCUGCCGUCCGUGCUGGACCACUCGCUCGAGGUGCUGACGCAAACGUCGGAGGCGGCGGCGAUUGUGCGUGACGUGCGGCGCGAGAUGGACGAGAAGCACGCGAGCAUCCGCAAGACGCGGUUUGGGCGCGAGAAGCGCGCCAUCUACCAGGACAUCAAGGAGCUGCGGCGGGAGUUCCGCGAGCGCGAGGCGCGGUGCGUGGACAACCUGGUGCGCGGGAGCAGCGUGGUGCUAGCGACGCUGCAUGGCGCUGGUGGGCACCAGCUGCGCAAUCAGAAGUUUGAUGUGGUGGUGAUUGACGAGGCGAGUCAGGCGCUCGAGGCGCAGUGCUGGAUUCCGCUGUUGACGGCGCCCAAGGUCGUCCUCGCCGGUGACCAUCUACAGCUGCCGCCGACGGUCAAGUCGAAGGCGGGCGAUGCGCCGCCCCAAGACGGUGCCGCGGAAGGGGACGCGGACGUCGUUCGGGGGAUUUCCUUGGAGACGACCAUGUUUGACCGGCUGCUGGCAAUGCAUGGGCCCGCCAUCAAACGCAUGCUCACGACGCAGUACCGUAUGCACGAGCGCAUCAUGCGGUUCCCGUCGGACGAGCUCUACGAGGGGCGGCUGAUGGCGGCGGACGCCGUGAAAGCGCGGCUGCUGAAGGAUCUACCGUAUGAGGUGCAGGAGACGGACGACACGCGGGAGCCCGUGGUCUUCUGGGACACGCAGGGCGGGGACUUUCCAGAGAAGACGGAGGACAACGAAGUCGGGCAGAAGGAGGCGCUGCUGGGCGAGAGCAAGAGCAACGAGAUGGAGGCGUUAGUAGUGGGGAAACAUGUGGACGCGCUGGUGCAGGCGGGCGUGCGGCCUGAAGACAUCGCCGUGAUUACGCCUUACAACGGACAGCUGGCGGUGCUGUCCCAGAUGCUACGUGAGAAGUACCCGGGCCUGGAGCUGGGCAGUGUGGAUGGGUUCCAGGGCCGGGAGAAAGAAGCAGUGGUGGUGAGUCUGGUGCGGAGCAACAGCAAGCAUGAGGUGGGAUUUCUCGGCGAGAGACGACGGUUGAACGUCGCCAUGACACGGCCCAAGCGGCAUCUCUGCGUCUGCGGAGACUCCGAGACCAUCAGUCGAGGGAGCGGAUUUCUCAAGCGCUGGAUGGAGUUUCUUGAAGAGCAUGCCGACCUGCGGUAUCCUGACGCGGGCGAGCUGCUGUAG